AUGGCACACUUCAACCCUUUCAGGACUCGUCGGACAUCAGACGACGUACCAAGAAGUCGAAUACCGUCUCCUGAAGAAAAUGCCAGCAUCAUCAGUCAGCUUCUCUUCACAUGGCUCGGUCCUCUGCUUACGACCGGUUACAAGAGGCCACUGGAGUAUGAGGAUAUCUGGCUCGUGCCGCAAGCACGUUCCGCCGCCUAUCUGGCGCUGAAUCUCAUGAAGUCCUUUGAGAACCUGAUCAUCGACAAGCAACAUCAUGGAUCCCGACGCCGUUGGGGUUUACCAGUACUUGCGUGGGCACUUCACAACUGCUUCAAGUUUGACUUCUGGGUUGGUGGGCUGUGUCAACUUGUGGAGUCUAUUCUGCAGGCCAUGGCUCCGUUCACCUUGCGUUUCUUGAUUAUCUUUGCUAGAGAUGCCCAUUCGUUCAUCAGGGGCGAACAAGAUUCGCGACCACCCCUUGGCCGCGGUGUCGGCCUCGUGCUGGCCAUAACUGCCAUGCAGGUGAUUCAAAGCUUCUCAUCGAGCCAUUUCCACUACCGCAGCACAUUACUCGGGGGCCAAAGCCGGAGUGCGCUAAUCGCUGUGGCGUUUUCCAAGUCACUCCGGCUCUCAAGGCGAGGCAGAGCGGGCGGCGAACUUGGCAUGACCGAGGCCACGAUGGUCUCGACAGGGCAAGCACAAGAUCAACUUCGAUGGCAAAUCUUGAAAGAGGGAUGGUCUAAUAGCCGUGUCAUGAGUUUGAUUUCCACCGACGUAUCGCGCAUUGAGCAAUCGUGCACCACCUUCCACCUUGUGUGGACGUCGCCGAUUGCCAUUCUGCUUACCAUUACGUUGCUAAUCAUCAACCUUGGAUAUAGCGCACUGGCAGGCGUUGCGGUGCUUGUUCUCGGCCUCACAGCGUUGACAAAAGUGGUCAAGGUCCUGGCACGUCUGAGAGCCGCCGUCAACAUGGUCACAGAUCAGAGAGCUGGGCUCACACAGGAGAUCCUCCAUGGCAUCCGCUUCGUCAAAUACUUUGGCUGGGAAUCAGCGUUUCUCCAUCGCCUCCAGGCAAUAAGGGCCUCGGAAACAAGUUCACUGCAGAUCCUACAUAUCACGAAAAGUGCCAUCGGUGCUGCGUCGAUGGCGCUUCCCAUAUUUUCCAGCAUGGCAGCCUUCUUGGUUUACUCGUCCACGAAUUCUGGACCGCUGGACCCAGCACUUAUCUUCUCAUCGCUGGCGCUUUUCAACAGUCUACGGACACCUAUGAACUGGCUCCCAACAUCCAUCGGUCACUUGGUUGAUGCCGACGCUGCGUUGAAGCGAUUUGAAGCAUUGCUAUUAUCUGAAGAGUCUCCUGCCCAUCCUGGUGCAACGCCCGGUCUGAAACAUGCUAUCGAGAUACAGAACGCAACCUUUACUUGGGAGAAAUCUUCCACUGGAUCCGAGGAACAAGCGACAGAGACUGCAGCUAAAAGUCGAAAGACCCGUCGAUUCAGAACACUAGGCCGCUACCCGCCAAAAGAGGCUGAUAGCACGUGUACGCCCAGAUACGAUGGCGAAAAGGUGGCAGGGCGGAGCAACGAACCACCAUUCUCUCUUGAAAACAUUUCCGUUGCAAUAUCUUCACAGGAGCUUGUAGCAGUUGUUGGUUCGGUGGGCUGUGGCAAAUCGUCGCUGCUCAGUGCCUUGGCAAACGACAUGCGUCUGGUUCAGGGGACCAUGAAGUUCAACUCCAACGUUGCCUACUGUCCGCAGUCCGCAUGGCUGCAAAACGCUACUAUCCGGGAAAACAUUUUGUUUGGAAGAAGCUUUGAUAAGGAGCUCUACAGUCGUGUCACCCACGCCUGUGCCCUUGAAGCCGACUUUGCGUUGCUUCCUCAUGGCGACCUUACCGAAAUUGGCGAAAAGGGAAUCACGCUCUCGGGCGGGCAGAAGCAACGGGUGAACAUCGCAAGGGCGAUUUACUCGGAUGCUGGAAUUGUUCUUCUUGAUGAUCCUCUUUCAGCGGUUGAUGCACAUGUUGGGAAUCACAUCUUCAACCAAGCCAUCAGCGGUCUUCUGCAUGGAAAGUGCUGUGUGCUCGUCACGCAUCAACUGCAAGUUCUUCGCCGAUGUGAUAGGGUCAUAUGGAUGACGAAUGGCCGCAUCGAGGCAUUCGAUAAGUAUGACGGUCUUCUGGAAAGCUCAAUCUCUUUCCGAAGGUUUGUGCAAACGUCAGGUACUGUGAGCUCUGGCGAGACGCAAGCAAAUGAGGAGAUAGAAGACAGCACUUGUGCUCCUAAGGAAGGCGCAGCAUUGCUGAACGACUAUGUCAGUGAAGACAAAAGGAAAUUGAUGCAAGAAGAUGUCAAGGCCGUCAACAGCGUUCCUUGGAAUGUCUACCAUGUCUGGAUGAAGUCCUCUGGGAGUAUUCUGAACAUGGCGGCAGUACUCAUCCUCAUGUGCAUCUUCCGAGCUGCAAACCUGCUGACGUCGCUGUCACUAGCAUGGUGGGUAUCGGAUGCUUAUGGCCUCUCCCGCGCGUCAUAUAUUGGACUCUACGCUGGUCUGGGUGUCGCGCAAGCCGUCCUCCUCUUCGCUUUCUCCAUGGUCGUCUGCAUCGUGGGUACCAGAGCGAGCCAAAAAAUGUCUAACGAUGCGAUGUGGCAGAUCCUCCGAGCCCCGAUCGUGUUUUUUGAUACCACACCACUAGGUCGCAUCAUACAUCGAUUUACGAAGGACGUUGAUACAAUGGACAAUAGCCUCACUGACUCCUUCAGGCAGUACCUCAUAGUGCUGAGCUCCUUGCUUGGAUCGUUUGGUUUCAUUAUCGCUUACUUCCACUAUGUCAGUCGAGUUGGAUUCCGUUAUUUUGCCCGAGAGUUGAAACGGUACCACGCAAUUCUCGACGGGGCCGUGUUUGCGAAAUUCAACGAGGCACUCGUCGGCGCGUCCACGAUACGAGCGUAUGGACGCGAAGAACACUAUGUCCGUGAUAUUCAUCGAGCCAUCGACGACAUGGACGGCGCCUACUUCUUGACCUUUGCCAACCAACGUUGGUUGUCCCUACGACUCGACAACCUAGGCAAUAUUUUGUCUUUCACGACCGGGAUGCUUGCUGUGACUACGACGCUGGUUGUGUCGCCUAGCAUCACUGGGCUCAUUUUGAGUUAUAGUCUUAGUUUGGUUGGCAUCAUACAGAUUACGGUGCGCUACUUUGCCGACGUCGACAACUCCAUGUCCAGCACCGAGCGACUGCACCAAUACACAUCCUCACUCGCCCGUGAAGCCUCGCUCGAGGAGGACGCAGCUUUCCGACUCCGAUCAAGCUGGCCAGAGAGCGGCGAGAUUGUAUUUGAAUCAGUGCAAAUGAGAUACAGGCCGGAGCUGCCCCUGGUCCUUGACAACUUCUCGUUGACGAUUCGCGGGGGUGAGCGCAUCGGCAUUGUUGGGCGGACAGGUGCCGGCAAGAGCACCAUUCUCUCGACUCUGUUCCGCCUCACGGAGCUGAGCGGUGGCCGUAUCAUGAUUGAUGGGGUCGAUAUCGCUCAAGUUGGCCUGCACAGUCUACGCUCAAGGCUUGCCAUUAUUCCACAAGACCCUACGCUGUUCCGGGGAACGAUACGUUCGAAUCUGGACCCGUUUGGCAGACACAGCGAUCUUGAAAUGUGGAACGCCCUUCGUCAGGCUCAUCUCCUUCCUGGAGAAGACCCGUCUGAGGCCACUGGCCUCGCGAUAGACGCAACAUCCGAUGCUACCGACCAUAGUCUUCGCGACAUACAAACAGCCACUCAGUCUCCAGAGAACAACAUGGAGACGCGGAUCACCCUCGACGCCAUUGUGGAAGAGGAAGGUCUGAACUACUCCCUCGGCCAGCGACAGCUGUUGGCCCUGGCGCGUGCGCACUUGAGGAACGCACGUAUCACACUCAUUGACGAAGGGACCAGUAGCGUGGACAGCGCGACUGAUGUCUUGGUGCAAAAGACAAUUGCUCGGGAACUUAGCAGUGGCAAGACUCUAAUCGCUAUUGCUCACCGUCUGCGUACCGUCCUAUUGUACGAUCGGGUCUGCGUCAUGGACCAAGGCCGUAUUGUCGAGCUCGGUCCGCCGCUGGAGCUUUGGAAGCAGGCGGGGGUAUUUCGAGGAAUGUGUGACAGGAGUGGUAUUACCCGAGAGGACUUUUCCGAUGGAUGA